AUGGAAAGUGGGGCUGUGGCUAUGAACAACAACAGCACCACCAUCAGCAACCACAAUGAAGCCAGAGCAACUUCCACCAUCACCAUUAAGGGCAUUCUCAGUCUUCUAAAGGAAAACAUUGAUGGGAAUUUGGAUGGUGGAAGCAAGAGAGUUAUUUCUCUGGGCAUGGGUGACCCAACUCUCACCACAUUAUUUCACACUCCUAAGGUUGUUGAAGAUGCUGUUGCUGACACUCUUCACUCUCACAAGUUUCAUGGCUAUGCUCCCACUGCUGGGCUUCCCCAGGCUAGAAAAGCGAUUGCUGAAUAUCUAUCUCGUGACCUUCCUUACCAAUUAUCAAGUGAUGAUGUUUUCAUCACUUCUGGAUGCACACAAGCCAUUGAUGUUUCAGUGGCCAUGCUUGCUCGCCCCGGUGCAAACAUCUUGAUUCCAAGACCAGGCUUCCCAAUCUAUGAACUUAGUGCUGCAUUUAGAGGGGUUGAAGUGAGGCAUUACGAUCUGCUUCCAGAGAAAGGUUGGGAGGUUGAUCUAGAUGGUGUUGAAGCUCGUGCUGAUCAGAACACUGUUGCCUUGGUGAUCAUAAAUCCUGGGAAUCCUUGUGGGAAUGUGUACAGUUACCAUCAUUUGGAAAAGAUAGCUGAAACUGCAAAACGGGUUGGAACAAUUGUGAUUUCUGAUGAAGUUUAUGGUCACCUUGCAUUUGGGGGCAAGCCUUUUGUGCCAAUGGGAGUUUUUGGCUCAAUUAUUCCUGUUCUCACUCUUGGCUCACUGUCUAAGAGAUGGAUAGUUCCUGGAUGGAGACUUGGUUGGUUUGUGACAAAUGAUCCGUCUGGCACUUUUAGAGAACCAAAGGUAGUUGAGCGCAUUAAAAAGUAUUUUGAUCUUUUGGGAGGUCCAACCACCUUCAUCCAGGCAGCUGUACCUCAGAUAAUUGCAAAUACUGAAGAGAUUUUCUUCAAUAAAACCAUUGACAAUUUGAGGCAUACUGCAGAUAUAUGUUGCACAGAGAUAAAGGAUAUUCCAGGCAUUUUUUGCCCUUACAAACCAGAAGGGUCCAUGGCUAUGAUGGUGAAACUAAACCUUUCACUUCUAGAAGAUAUUAGUGAUGAUAUAGACUUCUGUUUCAAACUUGCAAAGGAGGAGUCUGUAAUCAUUCUUCCAGGAACUGCAGUAGGGCUAAAAGAUUGGCUUCGUAUAACCUUCGCUGCUGAUCCAUCUGCUCUUAGAGAGGUGGUUCAGGACAUCUCUUUCAAGGAGGCAGAGAGGCAGGGGAUUCGACUUCCUUUAGAGCACCACCACCCUCACCUCGACAACAACAAUGAGCCACAUUUACCUCCGGGCUUCCGUUUCCACCCCACAGACGAAGAACUCAUCACAUACUACCUCCUCAAGAAGGUUCUUGACAGCUCCUUCACUGGCCGAGCCAUAGUUGAAGUCGACCUCAACAAGUGCGAGCCAUGGGAGCUUCCUGAGAAAGCAAAGAUGGGUGAGAAGGAAUGGUACUUCUAUAGCCUUCGCGACCGAAAGUACCCAACUGGGUUACGCACCAAUAGGGCCACAGAGGCUGGUUAUUGGAAAGCCACAGGGAAAGACCGAGAGAUAUAUAGCUCCAAAACCUGUUCCCUCGUAGGAAUGAAGAAAACCCUGGUUUUCUAUAGAGGAAGGGCUCCAAAGGGUGAAAAGAGCAACUGGGUCAUGCAUGAGUAUCGCUUAGAAGGCAAAUUCGCUUACCACUACCUCUCUAGAAGCUCCAAGGAUGAGUGGGUGAUAUCGCGCGUGUUUCAGAAGAACAACACCGGCGGUGGCUCUACCGUGUCAGCCGCCGCCACCGGCGGGGCAAAGAAAACAAGAAUGAGCACAUCAAACACAAGCAGCAACAUGAGCCUGUGCCCCGAACCGGGUUCACCCUCUUCCAUUUACCUCCCACCGCUUCUAGAAUCUUCUCCUUACGCCGUCAGUAGCAGCGCCGCCGCUGCAACAUUCAACGACCGUGAAAGCUGCUCCUUCGACAGCGCUGCCGCCGCCGCCAAUCAAAGGGAGCACGUGUCCUGUUUCUCCACCAUGUCCGCCGACGCUGCCGCCUUCAACAACCUCGUUCCACCGCCAGAGCCGCCCCUCGACCCUUUCUCCCGCUUUCAUAGGAGCAACGUUGGAGUCUCCGCCUUCCCAUGCCUGAGGUCCUUGCAUGACAACCUUAACCUCCCCUUCUUUUUCCCGCCCGUGGUUCACGGCGGUGCUGACGUAUCAAAUUUCACGGCCGUCGCAAACUGGCCGGCGCCAGAGGAUCCGAGGGUGGCUGACGGCGGUUCCGGCAUGCCGAUUGUACCGUCCGAGUUGGAUUGCAUGUGGGGCUAUUGA